AUGAAGCUGGACUUUCAGGCAACCCUCGAGGGAGCAUCGGCGGGGACGAUGUCGAGCGCAGCAUUGAGGAUCGGCACCCGCGCUCUGCCGACAAAACAUCAUAUGCUGUACAAUGAAAAACAUAUGACAAUCAGACGAGAACUGCGCAAGUUGAUUGAUCGCUCCAUCAAUCCUCACGUACAAAAAUGGGAGGAUGCCGGUCGAUUCCCGGCUCAUGCCGUCUUCAAACAGCUCGGAAAUCUCGGCGUUUUAGCAGUGAACAAGCCAGAAGCAUUCGGCGGACUAGGUCUGGACUUUUCCUACUCAAUCGCCGUAGCAGAGGAAUUAGGUAGCAUUGACUGCGCGGCAAUCCCGAUGGCCGUCUGCGUGCAGACGAAUAUGGCCACCCCUGCCUUGGCUGAGUUCGGUUCUGAUUCACUGAGGGAAGAAUUUCUUGCCCCAUCUAUAGCUGGAGAUCUUGUUUCCUGUAUUGCCGUCAGUGAACCUGAAGCAGGGAGCGAUGUAGCAGCAAUCCGAACGAGAGCUGUCCGAAGUGGUACUGACCUGAUCAUCAAUGGUCACAAAAUGUGGAUAACAAGCGGUGAGCAGGCAGACUGGGCGUGUGUACUCGUUAACACGAACAACAAUCCGUCACCUCAUCGAAAUAAAAGCCUCGUCUGUGUGAGGCUCAAUGAACCAGGAGUGCACCGUUCGGCAAACCUGAAGAAACUUGGGAUGCACAGCUCUGACACGGCUGAAAUUUUCUUUCGAUAA